GGUGCUGAGAUCAGUCGGGCUUAGUUCACACAGAAGGGCACGGCACAGGUGUGGGAAGUUCUGAUUAGACCUUAUUCUGACGUCACAACAACAACCUGACAAAAAUGGCGGCUACACUCAAACAAGUCGUGGAUGACUGCAAAGUGCCUGGGGAGUUCCUGUCAGAGGGGGCCGAGGUGUUCCUGACCCACACCGAGGACAUGCCUGUGUCUGCCGAUGUCUACUGGUCCGCCUUUCAGGACUUCGUGGAACUGCAGCUACACAUGGAAGGGCACGAGAACCUACGAGUCCUGAAAGGCUAUGGGGAAGUGGGCACGGUGGUGUCGUUCUACUACGACCCGACGGACCUGGCCGAGGGGCAGCGGGACAUGAAGCUGGUGGAGAAGGACGAUACCACUCGUACCUGGAGGGUCCAGGAGGCGGAGCCAAACGAGCUGUACAAGAUCUACGAGAUGACCAUCAAGGUUGAAGGGACCGACGCGGCCAAGGUGACCAUAUCCGUGCGCUUCGUGUCUGCCAUUAAAAAUCAGAAGGAGCGCCGACAGGACAUUGCCUACCACAUGGUUCAUCUGUUGGGAGCUCGCAUCCGGGACAUUCUGAACUUCAUCGUCCGUGAGAAGUUGGGAGGGAAGCACCGCUUCGAACUGGAUAUCCCCUGUUCUCGCGAGAAGAUGUGGGGCAUUGUGGGAAACUUCGAUGACGUCACUUGGAUACGCGAAGCUACGCACACCGUUGUUGAUGGAAUCUAUCGGACGAUCUACUACACCGAGGACCGUUCUCUGAAAGUCCGUCUGGCCUGGGCGGACUCCAGCGACUACCUGUUCGUGUAUGAAGGCGACAACAGCCCGGACUUCCUGCACUGCAAGUACUACAGGGGCAGGAUCCAGUUCUUCGCUGUAAACCCCAACAGGGUCCGUGUGACGUACGACUGCUCCUUCAUCCCUGCCGACAACAGUCCCAUGAAGAAGUUCAAGACACGGUUCGUGAAAGCUCUCAGCAGCCGUAUUGCGUGGCUCGAGAAAACCUUCAGCGAGCCAAAGCCAGGUGAGGGAGAAUCCACCGACACUGCUGUGGGACCUCCCGCCUUCAAGAAGGGCGCGUACUCCACCAGUAAAAGUGGGGUCGUCAGGGGGCCUCUGGAGGAUGUGUGGAAGGUGUUCCGGCCUUUUGGACGCGAAUGUAUGGAGUACUGGAAGAUCUAUGACAGCAUGGAGAUCGAGGCACCCGGCAUGGACGUAGCGGGCUGCAUCCGGGUGUCCAAGACAUCCAAAACAAAAAGGACAAUCCGCGAGAGGCUGGAAUGGAGGGACGACGACAAUCAUGUUGAGAUCUACAGUCUGCUGUCCAUGGAUCCUCCCCCGCCGGUUGCCAUGAGCAAUGUAUACACUACCGUCACCAUGACAUCACUUGGUGAGAAAGAGACUGAAGUGAAGUUCGAGGGCACCUUUGACGUCAGCGUGUCGUUUGCCGUGUCCCGUAUCCAAGACAACCAGAAGGGAGUUUACAUGGCGUGCAUCAACGGACUCCAGCAGCUCUUCCACUCCAAGGUCGGGACGCUAGAGGUCGUUGUUGGGAGUGCCGCUGAUCUGGCAAGGACUGACGGCUGGUUUGAUGCUGACCCUUAUGUGGUACUCGCUGUGAACGAUGGGAAGCCUGUGACCACCAAGGUGUGCAGUUCUACCCAGAAACCCAUCUGGGACGAGCGGUUCCAGCUGCCUGUGACGUCACGGACCAGAAACAUCAUCUUUACUGUCCUGGACCGGGACACGGUUGGACAGGACGACAUCAUGGGUACUGCUAACGUCAACCUGGACGAGCUGACGUCAGGCAAGGAGAGGAAGAUGACUCUGGACGUGCAGGGGGGAGGGACGCUGAACGUCAGGCUGUACCUGAAGAUGCACGACAAGCCCAAGGAGGAGGAGGAGGGAGAGAAGCUCAUUAAGUCACUCGCCAUCCCGUUCCUGACUCCCGUCGUUCAGAGCGAGAUGGACGACAUAAAAAAAGAGUUUACCAACCUUAUCAUGUCGUUCGUUGGCCAAGGCCAGAAGUACGAGCUGGACCACAUGAAACGCUUGCGGACUCACCCUGACGUGCCUCUGGAGGAGUUCCCUGCCGCCUGUGUUCCCAUGCCGACACAGGAGAUGUUCACUCCCCGCAAAGUUGGACGACUCAUGGAGCGUCUUAUGGAGUUCAUCGCCUCCCAGGGUCAGAUCAUGGUCCGCCUGGCCGAAGUCAAGGGCAUCUGGGAUCCGUGGAAGGCCAACUUCAGCGGCUACCUUCCUGCCAACGAGAAGCUGAUUGAAGAAUGGCAGAAAGACGAGGAGUUCUGCCGCCAGUAUCUCCAAGGCAUCAACCCAAUGCUGGUGACUUUGUGUAAGGACCAGAGCCGGAUUCCAGCAGAGAUGCUUGGUCUGAAAGGACAAGGCAAGACCACGCUGCAGCUCAUGGAAGAGAACAGGCUCUUCAUCGUCGACUACGCACCCAUGCUCGGCGUUCCUGCUACUCCGGGAAAAUUCUUCUACGCGCCGAUCGUGCUGAUGUACAAGGAAGAGCUGAAUGGCGGCAGGUCUCGGCUGAACAUGCUCGGCAUCCAGCUGACCAGGGACAAGGGCAUGAACGAAGUGUACUCCCCUGAAAGUGCUAAGACUCAUCCCAACAAGUACAUGUUCGCCAAGAUGCACGUGGUGUCGGCUGACAACAACGUGCACCAGUUCCUGUACCACCUGGGCUACACUCACCUCGCCAUGGAGCCUAUCGCAGUGUCCCUGCACACCCACCUGCCACCAGACCACCCCAUCCACCGCCUGCUGCUGCCCCACUUCAAGGACACCAUCGGCAUCAACUACCUGGCCCGCCACUCCCUGGUCUCCAGGAUCUUCCCCAUCACCGACCCGAUGUUCGCUACUUCCACCGUGGGAGGGCUCGUGAUGUUCCUCAAUGAGUGGCGCAAGUACAACUUCAUGGACAUGGCUUUCCCUGAAGAGCUGAAAUGCCGUGGUUUUGAUGAGGCCGGCACUGAUGGACUGGAAGGCUACUUCUACCGUGAUGACGGCUUCAAACUGUGGAACGUCUACAAGACGUACGUGACUGGGAUGGUCAACCGUGCCUACGCUGAUGACCGAGCUGUGCAAGCUGACAAAGCCCUUCAGGAAUUCUGCAAGAUGACCGAAGGUCCCGGACAUCUUCACGGAUUUCCACGCGAGAUUUCCACGAGGAAGCUGCUCAUCGACUGCCUGACCAACAUCAUCUUCAACGUGAGCGCGCAGCACUCCGCCAUCAACUUCCCGCAGUAUGACUACUACUCCUUCAUACCCAACAGGCCUGCCCAGCUGUCGUCCCCAAUGCCUGACGGACCGAACGACAUGUUGGAGUCCGCUGUACUGAAGGCCCUGCCUUCUAAAUACAACAUCACUCUUCAGGUCCUCCUGUCCUACAUGCUGUCCAUGCCUUCACAGACUGCCAUCACCGGGGUAGAGGCCAUGAAGGAAGUGUAUCCCGAGGUACAUAAGAAGUUCCAGACACAGCUCCAGAACCUCUCCAAGGAGAUCAAGGGUCGUAACGAGGGUCUGAAGGCGGAAGGGAAGGUCGCCUACACCUACCUGGACCCCGAGAACGUCGCCAUGAGCAUCGAUAUCUAAAGUGCUCCUACCAGCUGAUUACCAUCUCGCACAAGUUAACAACCUCCGAGAUGUUGGCAACGCUAGCAAUAUCAAUGCUAGCAAUAUCGUACGAUACCUAACCAAACGUUAGCACGACAACGAGAGAAAUAUAUCUAAAAGUAGUCAAUGCUUUUAGAAAAGGGGUGAUUCAAGGAAGGUAGGAAGCUAGAUUUUCUAGGUUCACUAUUACAAUGUGAAAUUACUUUUCCAGAUACAAGGAAAUACUUCAAGUUGGUAAAAGACAAUGCACAGAGUUAAUCAACCAAACUGCAUCAUUUCGAAUGAUGCCACAGGUCUAUUGUGUUUUCGAGUAUGCCUGACACACAGAUUAGAAUGAUCAAUUAACACAAUACAUAUCGGUUGAGGGCAAGCUACAGAUGACUUUUAAUUUUGUUAACGUUAGAUUUGCGUAGAUGUAUUGUAGCUUGUGGUGGAAGAUGUCACGUUUCUACUAUUAACAGAACAACACUUUGAAAACCUGCUGUUUUGUUUGCUUUUGGAUUAAUAAACUGGUGAAUGAAAAUCGACAUCUUAAGUGCUCCUACAAGCUGAUUACCAUCUCGCACAAGUUAACAACCUCCGAGAUGUUCCCAAUGGUAACAAUAUCAAUGCUAGCAAUAUCUUACGAUACCUAACCAAACGAUAUCACGACAACGUGAUAAAUAUAUCUGAAUGUAGUCAAUGCUCUUAGAAAAGGAGUGAUUGAACGAAGGUUAGGAGCUAGACAUAAAUUUUUCUGACGAUUUUUUUUCAGAUUUUCUAGAUUCACUUUUACAAUGAGAAAUUACUUUUCAAGAUACAAGGAAAAUAGUUGGUAAUAGACAAUGCUUAGCGUUAAUUAACCAAACUGCAUUAUUUAGAUUGAUGUCACACGUCUAUUGUGUCUGCCUGGCAGACAGAUUGAAAUGAUCAGAGGGCUUUUGCUAACGUUCGAUUUGCGUAGAUGUAUUGUAGCUUGUGGUGGAAGAUGUCACAUUUCUACUAUUAACAGAAUAACGCUUUGAAAAACUGCUGUUGUGUUUGCUUUUGGGUUAAUAAACUGGUGAAUGAAAAAAA